AAACAAAAAGAGAACCCCCUGCUGCUCGCCUCCGACUCCGAGACUCCGAGAGAGCCCAACGCUACCCGCCGCCCAUUUCCCGCCCGCCGAAUCGCCGAUCACUUCCCAGUCUCCCACACACUGCUGCUUCGUCCUGGCCCUUGCCAACUGCUAUCUUGAAGCCUGCCGGCACCCUUUCGUCCUCCGUCAGCGUCAGCGUCAGGCAGAGGCACUCUGGAGCUAGCGUCGCCCAUCGCUCUGGUUAUGCACAUGCCAUGUUCGAUGAAAUGCCUAGCAAGGUUGUCAUUGCCCUACAGAUGCACUUGUGACUCUUGAUGCAGCUUCGUAUAUUCUAAGGAUUGGAGUUCUAACAUACAAGCAAAUGGCAUCGAUCACAUUCAGUCCAGGAAACCUGCAUGCCCUCUCUGUGCGGCUGGGAAUAUUGGGUGGGACUGGGGCAUUUCAAUAUGGUCCCUUCAACUGUGGUGUGCAGCGGCGGUGGAAAAAGCCAGUAGAUUCAGCAAGAACCCGUCUGGAGGGCAGAACAAGGGAUCAUAGGCUGGACAAGCUAAUGGUUCAACUGAGGAACUUGAGGCAUGCCUUGGCUGUACGUGAGUUGAUAUCCCAGCAGAGGAAUGGAUAUGCAUCUGUCCAACUUCUUUCAAAGUGGAGACAUGAGGUCGGGUUGAACAUUGAGAUCGGCGCUUUCCUCAAGAAAUAUCCCCACAUUUUCCAGAUUUACAUGCACCCUGUAAAGAGAAACCAUUGCUGCAAGAUCACGCAAAAGAUGGCCGACUUGAUUGCAGAGGAAGAUGCUGUGAUCAGGGAGAAUGAGGCCGACACAGUGCAGCGCCUGAAGAAACUUCUCAUGCUCUCCAUGAAUGGAACUCUGAAUAUGCACGCGUUAUGGCUAGUAAGGAGGGAACUUGGGCUUCCCGACGAUUACAGGUCUUCCAUACUACCAAAGCAUGGACAUGAUUUAUAUCUUGAAUCCCCUGAUACUCUGUCACUUGUUGCUAGGGAUGACGAAUUAGCUGUAGCUAAGAUUGAAGAAUGGAGGAAGAAAGAGUACACUGAAAAAUGGCUAGCUGAAUCAGAGACAAAAUACGCUUUUCCAAUCAACUUUCCUACUGGAUAUAAGAUUGAGAAAGGUUUUAGGGAAAAACUCAAGAAUUGGCAGAGGCUUCCCUACACCAAACCUUAUGAGAAGAAUGCUUUGCAUCCGAUCCACAAUGUCGAGCGGCUUGAGAAACGUAUUGUUGGUAUUCUUCAUGAACUUUUAAGUCUGACAGUAGAAAAGAUGAUACCACUUGAAAGAUUGUCGCACUUCAGAAGAGCUUUUAAUAUGGAAGUAAACUUGCAGGAGCUUCUUCUUAAGUACCCAGGAAUUUUCUACAUCUCGACAAAGGGAAGUGCACAGACAGUCAUUCUGAGGGAGAGAUACAGUAAAGGCUGCCUGAUUGAGCCUAAUCCUGUAUACGAUGUGCGAAGGAAAAUGCUAGAUCUGAUUUUGUCUGGAUGCCGUAACGUUGGUGAACCGGAAAGUGCAGCUUGGCUCACUGAGGAGUAUGAUGAGGGAAGCUGUCAUGAGUUGCAGAACAACAUGUGCCAGGUGGAUACUGCAAAUACCAUACUGGAACUUGAAACUGACAGCGACUCGUACAGAAAGAACCAUAUUACUGAAGAGGUCCCGCACCAACAUUUCUGUGACUCACAAGAACAGAGUGAAUAAGCAAUUAAGCAGAUUUCAACAUGUUGGGAUAGUAUGGGGCACUUGGUUACUGGACGCGGAUGGUAGUUGUUCUGUGAAGCAUGUGGUGCUGUGAUCCACCAAUUAUUAAUUCCAGCUACUCUGAUGGAGCAUCUGCAAUCCCCUGGAUAAAAGCUACCUGUGAAUGAAGGUAAACCAAAUGGACUUCGCGCUGGCCCGUAUUUGGUUGUUUCAGUUGGUCUUGUAAAAUAGAACUAUUUGAAUAAACACACUUGUAUCAAAUGCCACAGAUAUGAUAUGAAACUUGCGGUGGGUUAUUAUA